UUUGUGUGCAUCGAUGUCGACUAUUCACCACACGGACAUAUGAGCAAUAUAAUGCAAUACAAUGCAAUGCUCACACACACACGUCUGUCAGUCCAUCCAUCAACACAGACAGGCAGACAGGCCAAUACACACACAUGGACUACACACAGAGAGGAGAGAGCGCGACCGAUAUCAGCCAUUCAUCCAAAGAGAGAGGGAGGGGGAAAGCCAACGGUCGUCAGCCAUUCCACCGACAUGCGUGGCCCCCCUGUGACUGAGUGAGUGAAUGAGUGCGUCCCGCGCCACACUCAUCCAUGGCCACGCAGGCAGGCAACACACACACUCAUACACAGAUAAAGAGAGAGGCCAUUCGAUGUGUACACAUGUCAGUAACUAUGUCACCAUAUGUAUACGGACGUACAUAUGUGUGUGUACAUAUUUAUGUAUAGGUGUGUACAGAGAUCGAGGGAUACAGAGAGGGGGGAGAGAGGGGAGGCAGCCGACGUAAGGCAAUUAGGCAGCACAGGUGGACCAACGAUCGCGACACAUGCGCCACAUGUCGCGUACCGCCGUCCCACCACCAUGCACCACCACCACCACCACCACGAGUAAGUCAGGAGGGCUGGGGCGGAUCACUCCAGUGUGUAUGGCUGCGUAUACAUGACCGAGUGCCAUGCAGCAGCCGCACACGAGAUGAACUCAGGAAGCCGCCCACAGCCCCAGGGAACCAACAAGGAGGCAAAGACAACUGACUGCAUCGGAGCAGCCUGUCUGUCUGUUUGUCUGUCUGUCUGUGCGUCUGUCUGGUCCAGUGUUGUGAAUGGAUGGACCACGACUGUGAAGCACACGCUGCCACGUAUGUGUGAUGCGUGUGUGUGGAGCAAACAAUGCGCCGCAGAUGGAUCAAUGGAUGGAUGGAUGGAUGGACACACCAUACAAGAGUGUGUGGUGCGUCGACCGGUCUGUCUGUCUGUCUGUCUGGGUUCAGGCAGACAGACAGACAUGUGUGUACCCAUUCAGAGAGAGAGGAGAUGUCAAUCAUCAGCCCAACAAAAGCACCGGCCGCCCAGCCAUGCAGACGGAGAGGAGUGAGGGGCAAAACAGAUAGACACGGCAGCGCAGCCAAGGAGUGUGUGUGUGUGUGUGUGUAUUGAUUUCUGUCCACCGACACGUGCGCAUCAGUCAGUCCAUCCACAGACACACACACACACACAGACACAGCCAGGCAGUCAAUACCGCUCACACAGACACAGCCAGGCAGUCAUUUUCCAUGUGGUUCACCCAGGCAGGUAGUCAGGCCGGCAGCCAGGCACACACAUUGCGGCCGAGCCGUGAGGUCAAAACCGGCCAGCAGUGAAGGGCAACACACCAACCACAGCCAGGCAGGAAGCCACCCAGAUAGGUACAUAUCAACAGAGAGGGCGAGAGAGGGAGGGAUAUGCAGAGAGGCUGGACGGCGCAACGCAGACAGGUCGCCCACCCACAGCCAUUGGGCCAGUCAUGUGUCAGCAGCUGGUCUCUCUACAGAGUGGGCGGUAUACGAUCUCUCUCUAUCACAGACAGCCAUAAGUCGAUUCGGGCAGCCAGCAGCCACUGACAGCACUGCAAACACUCUGCUCCAGCGCACUGUGGUGUGCGCGAGUACCUGUGGUGGUCCCGUAUUGAGUUGGGUUGAUCAGUCGCCGCUCUCCUCCUCAGCUGAGGCAUUGUCACCCGUCAUGCAGACACACAGAGACCUGGAUGUGAUGCGGGUCGAUGUGAGUCUAUCUGUCGUCCGCUGUGUGCCUCUCCCCCUCGUGUGUACCUCCGCCGCCCUCUCCGUCGCUGUCGUCGUCCAUAUCAUCUCAACCGCCGCCAUGGCCGUCGGAACCUACACCACACACACACACAGACAGAGAAGAAAUGCCAUCCAUCCAUCCACACUAUGGCCACCAUAUGUGUGUCCCUCCCUCCCUCCCUCCCUCCCUCCCCCCCCUGUCCGCACUGUCAUCAUCGUCGCUGUCAUCGUCCACUUGGCCGUUGAAGACGUAUGGCGCCACAUCUGACCCCAGCGCCACACGGGCCAGCUGAGUGGUCACCGGGAAGCGGUCCUUAAAGGCACCACUUACACACACAGGCGCCUCGGUCGUCACAAUCCAAACCCUCACUGCAGACAACCAGACAGAAAUCACAUGAAAUUUGACCAGCGGAGCUGCCUGUCUGUCAGCCUGACCAUUGUCGUUUCCAUUAUCCAGAAUGAAAAUCCAUGCGACGAAUGUGUGGCUUUCGUCGGUGAUCACCAGGCAUCGCACACGACCGUCCCGGCUGCUGAGUGUGGUGGUGCAUCCGGCCACCGGUGAGUGGGGCGACUGGGUCAGGAGGCCAUCAGACGGCCGCCACCAACACGCCUGAACCAACCACACACAUACACACACACAAUCACACACGCACCCCUCUCACCCACUGGUGCCAUUGAUGUGUUACCUGUUGAGGAGUAUUCCUGUGCGAUUGAUCUGGUGAGUCUUGAGGAAGUGGUUCAUUACCAUGCCCUUAGCGAAGGACCACACCGAGGAAUCGGUGCACGGGAGACCGUCCGACUCCCAUGUGCCGAUGGCGCCCAAGUAGUUGAUGCGGCUCUCCACUGGGGGGUCAUGCUCCAGUCGGUGCUGCUGAUACAGAUGGUGGGCAGCGAGGGGCGGGUCGACGGUCAGCCGGAAGCCGGGCUCGUCCUUGAUGGCCCGCACCUCACCAUUGGCACGGCGGAAGAUCUGCAGGCAGCUGCGGUCACCGAAGUCGACGUGGCGGCCGGCCACCAUGAGCUGCGCCAACACACGAGCUACCGACAGAUACGCCUACACCAUACAGACAGACAGAGAGGGAAUGCACGAGGCCUCUCCGGUCUCUCCCACCCCUCUGUGUGUGUGUGCAUGUCUUACCGUCUUGCUGGCGUGUGUGCGAAUGUCAUCUGCCAUGAGGAUGACAGGCAGUGUGCAGUAGCGGUACUGGCUGGCCCACUGCAGCACCUCCCUCGUCUCAUCCCACCGCCCGCCCUCCUCGGCGAUCCACACCGCCGCCAUGAGCUCACCCAUCCCCAGCGAUGGGUCGAACUGCACCAGCUGCAGCUGCUGAGUGUUGAUGCCAUCUCCGUCACGGCUCAGCGAGUGGUCGAGGCGGUUGCGCAGCUGGGCAGAUGAGAAGGCUUUUCUGAAGCAUGGUGCGGUGGCCCUCAGCUGAAGUGUGGUGCUGAUGUCGGGGAUGCAGCAUCGGUCGUCGACGAAGAAAUGGGCAAGGGGAUGGUCCUUGUUGCUAUCCUGCAGACGGCACACACACACGUCAAGGCACAUCUGGCGCAUUUCGGUCGGCUGUGUCACGCCCACCUGCUGCUGCUGCUGCUGCUGAGGGUGGUUGUGGACCGCGGGUUGCUCGGAUGAGGGUCGUCGCCAACACCAUGACCACACACGGCAGCAGAUGUGCCACAUGAGCACCAUCCACCACACAGACACCUACAUAAUGGGAACCAUCGCAACACUCACUCUUCAAGUCAGUUGUGUCACACCCACCUGCUGGUGCGGGUAGCUGUGCGUCGAUGCGACGCUGUGGCGAUCGGGCGAGGCGAACAACUCAUCCACUGCAUCCGUCACUAACUGGACGAAGGACACAAACGACACACAAUGAAACCACCGCGUUGGUCAUUCUGCUAUUCUUAUGACAUGGUCACCCCUUUGGUGGUCUGUGUGUCGCGCCACAGCAGCCGCAGCAUCCUCAGGGUCGCUAUGCCAGACUCCAACGCCGCCUCGCUAAACGAACUCUCAGCCACAAGGGCCGCACUCUGACGGACAUUGACCCCCCCAGGCCAUCACACACAUCGUCGCACAUCAUGACACGUGGUGCUCCUUCGGCUGACCCAAAUGCGGCCCGCUAUCUGGUCCUGGUUGGCCUUGCGUGUGAUGUAGACGGCCGUGGCGGCCAGCAGGCGGACAUCGCACCCGGCCAAAUCGACGUCACACAUCGAGAGAAACUGUGGACAAACACACAAAAGGGCAAGGACAGACAUGGAUAAGCCAUUCGAUGGCUGGAGGUGUCUGUGUGUGGCUAACGGACCGGCUUACCAUGAGGUAUUUGGCGACUGAGAACAGGCGGCCGUGGGUGUCCAUGCCGGCGGCAGUGAAGAGCCUCUCCAGACACUCCAGCCCGCAGUCAGAUCUAUCGGCCAUCGCUCGGCCCACCAGCUGCACACACAGACAGCCGAACAAAUGUCCGGUGUGCCUGUCUGUGUGUGUGACGUCAAAGCACCCGGGUGUAUGUCGGCUGAAUGGGCACAUCAGCGACACUGACCAGCCGCACCGCCCGCAUGACCGUCGUGUCGCCGCAGCCAAUCCGUGACGCCCUCCCAACUAACUGGUUCACCCAGACGGCUGCACCACCAGACACACACACACACAGGAACACAUCAGAAAUGGAUUUGUGAAUCGUUCGUGUGUCGUCCGGGUGGGCGGACCUCUCCGCUGCGGCCACUUCAUCUGCCGUCCUACCAGACAAACACACAGCAUCACACCGACGUGCAGAUCUGUCAUUCCCGCCAUCAGGUCGUCCCAUUGGCCUCACCUUAAACACAUUAGUCAACCAACCAACGAUGCCCUCCGACAUCGCCCCAGGCGUCUCACCGAUGGAUCCCAGCCAUCAGGGCGCCUCGUGAAGGCCUCUGCUGUCCUCAAAAGAGGCCGGGGAGGCCCGGAACAGGCCACAGAUCAAUCCACACAAGGCUCGCCGAAUCGAAGCCACGCAAACUGUCCUCAAUCGCCGUGUGCAGAUGCCGCUCUGCACACGCCGAAUCGCCCGGUCCUACAUCCGAACGAUCUUCGCCCGAAAACGAUAAACUUCAGGGUUCGAAGGGUCAAAGGGUUUCAUACCCUACAGCCUCCCGGACAGUCUGUGCGUUGCGAGCGUGACGCACUCGGCCGAGAAUGGGUCACUCGAGUCAUCCUCUCGCUUGCUGCGGUGAGAUGGUGGCCCAUUGAGCUUACAGACAUCGGAGGUG